AUGUUUGAGGAUACCUUCUCAAACCAAUUCAGAAAAGAUGUCGGCAGCGUCAACCCAUUUGGUGAACCGUUCCUCAACGUCGUCCCAGGAUAUCUUGAAAAGUUCACCAUACCUUUCGUCCUUGGCGGCAAGGAUGAAUAUUUACUCUGGCUUUUCCAUUUUAUCGGUCAACUAAGAACCCAGUAUGGCGAGAAUGUUGCUAAUUAUGUUGUGGAGUAUAUCAAUGGCAACGACGUAUUGCACUCUUUGUUUGCUAGCGAAGAACAAAAAGUAAAAAUCUACGAUUUGGCCAGCUCGGUCAUCUACAGCACGCUCGGCUACGGUGUUUGCAUGGCUUACAACACGGAGUAUUGCGAUCGUGCCCUCAAGCCGAUGGACUGUUUCAGGAAGUUUCAUCAGGACUUUUGCAAAUACAAGCUUGACGAUCUUGAACGGUGGUUCUGUCACUGGGCAGUGGUCUUGAAGAUAUUGGAUAUAGAAGGCGAGGACGAGGCGUAUGAGUUUUCGCAGGAACUCAAUGGGUUCACUUUUGAAGAAUUCGAUCUUAUGCUGGACAUAGAUUAUCGCAUAGAAGAUCCAAAAGAGCUCAUUCGCCGUCAUUUGAAAACAAUUGGUUCUGACCAUAUCGAUGUUUCAAAGAGAGCUUAUGAUGUCAAUUCAAAAAACGGACAGCCUUCUCUCCACAGGAAGGCGAUUGAAGGUUCGUGGUUUCUCAGUGAGCAAAUGAGUGUGGUCCUGGGACAUUAG